AGUGACGAAGAAAUGGGAUUUCGAACCUGAAGGAGGUGUGGCUACGGUACGUGGACACUGGCCAAAAGCUCCAUGCCAUAAAAGGCUGACUUUGCCUACCUCUGCUGACUUUCUUGUCUCCCCCCACCUCCUGAGUGAGUGAAGCGAUUUUCGCAAUGAAACACGUAUCCAGACUGCUUUUGUUAUCCACAUUAUUCGGCACCGCCGUCGGAUGUCUUCCAGGACUUGGUCUACCAGGUGCUGGAGGUGGAGGAUGUUGUAGUUCAGCACAACCUGCAUGCGGGAACCCAUGUGGUGGUGGAGGUGCUGCUCCAGCUCCAGUCUACGCGGCUGCUCCAUUGGCACCAGCUCCAUUUGCAGCAUACCCACAAGCCCCUGCAGCUCCAUUCCAAUCUUUCCAACCACAACAACCACAACAAGCAUUUGGAGGAUUCCAGCCACAACAGGUGCAAAGUGGAUACGCUGGAGCCGUUCAAGGUGGAAAUUUCGGAUCGGUCCAAACAGGAGCGGUAUCAGCGGGAGGAGCAUAUCUUGCCGAACCAGUUCAACAGCAAGUACAACCACUGCCAUUGCUUGGACAGCCCGUGGCUUACGAGAAGACAGUGGCCGUGGCGCCUGCGCAACAACAAGAACAAGUGCUUAACACUGCCCAGGUGUUGACCAAGGUGAUGCCAGCAAGUGCAGUUCUUGAUGAGCAAUUUGUUCAGCCAUCUGAAGCGAAUAAUAUUGUCUCCUCCAUCAUUAACACUCAAACUUCUUAUGGAGAUGAGCAGCAAGCUACCCAAACUCAUCAUGCCCAGCCACAAGUCCAACAACACCGUCCAGCUGCAUCCUCUUCAUCAUCUUCCUCAUCAUCUUCCGCUUCUGCUGAACAUCAUCCAACCCACCAAGUUCGUGUCCCAUCUGCCUCAUCUUCCAUCGAGUCUAACGAGCAACGUGUUGUCCCCGAAUCAGUGAUCGUGAAGGAGAUCGUGCAGACGUUUGAGACAACUCCAUACCCGAAACAAGUUGCUGUUGAAACCGCUGCUCCAUUCGUCCCACAACCAGUUCGUCCAGCUCCACAGCCGGUUCAGCCAUCCUUCCAACCAGCUCCAGCAGUUCAGCAACAAGUCCACCAAGUCUUCACUACUCCAAUUCCACACCGUCCAUUUGUUCCAGAAACUUUUGUAGAGCAAGUUGAGGCUGGUCAAGCCAAUCUUGUCCCGGCUCCAGUUCAGCCACAGCCAUACGUGGCUCCAGCUCACAUUACUCAAGAAAUUCAACCAGCUCCACAGCCGUAUGUUGCUCCAGUUGCCCCAGUUGCUCAAGAGAUCCACACAAUCCAACCCAUCCAGCCUGCACCAAUCCAUCCAGCACCACUUCAGCCAGCACAUGUUGUUCAAGAGACUGCCCAUGUUGCACCAGAGACUAAAGUCGUGGCUGAGGAAGAUAGAAUUGAAGUUUCUGGAGGAUCGGAUUAUGACCAGCCAUCUAACAUUCCAGCUAAUGAGCAAGCUACUGUUAAUGAGCUUCUUGCUACUCUCGACAACACCACCCCAGCUAGCAACUUGGACUUCAACCAAGUCACCGUUGAACCAAACACCAACCAAAAACCAGCCAUCAUCCAAACCGAAGGAGACGACUACGAUACUGCCCCACUGAACGAGGAUCGUAAAGAUGUUCCAACUGCUGAGCCAUCUCACAACGUUGCUCCAUCCAAUCCAGAGCCCGUCGCAGUAAUCCCAGAGGAGACUGCUCCAAUCAUUCCACAGCCAAAGCCAAAACCACAGGUUCAUCUCCAGCCAGUCGCACCAGCCGUCCGUGUGGAAGUCACCUCGUCUGCACCGGCUCCAACUAUUGCAUUUGAACUCCCAAUUGAAGUUCACGAGGUUGUCACACCACAGGUCCCAUUAAAUCCAGAACCAGCUGUCAUUCAAACAAUUACUGAACAACCAGUUGCUGAGGUACACGUUGAGGUUCUGCCAACAUCUGCUGCUCCAGUAUCCCAGUUCUUCGAGAACAUAACCUCCAAGGAAGAUAAGGAGACAUCCCAGCCCUCGGAGACCGUCGAGACAGCACCAGCCAACGGAAACGACUAUGAUGAAGAGAAAUCGGUGGAGAACAAGGUUUCCACGGAAACCGACGCUGUGCCAAAUCUUGGAGAAUACGGAAGCAAGUUCGCAAAGGUGCAAGGAGCUGAAACCAAGCAAGUGAGCGAGCCGAUUCAAAUCGAAACUAUUGAGAAUGAAAAUCCUUAUGGAAGAAAAUACUGGAUCUUCUAGGCCAUGACUUUUUAAUUUUUAUUUUUUUUCUGUUUUCUCCAAAUUUGACGUUUCUCAUCUCAUCUCAAUGUGCAAAUAGGCAUAACUUCCAAUUUGAAAAAAAGAAAAACUUCCAAAGUUUAAUAAUCAAAUUUUUGUAUAUUUUUGUGUCCCCUCAUCCCUGUCUGAUUCUUAAUAAAUAUAACUUAUUUUCUU